UCUUCUCCUGUGACAACAAUACCCUGCAACCAACCCAGCUCUCCUUUCUUUUCCUUUUAGUUUCUAAGAUAUUCAUUCCAUUUUAUUUCACCACCAAACCCUUCGUUCAACCCAGAAAUCAGUAUGAGACCAACUUGAGUUGAGCUUUGUAAAUGAACUUGAAAGUAAGCCCAGCUGUGUUUAGAGAGAGAGAAAGCUUUGAAAAGUAAUCUGAAUUUGGUUUCUUGAUCCGAGGUCGAAGUAAACCGAUCUGGGAAGCUUUUGUUUAUUAUUCUUAUGGUUGUUAUUUUUUGGUUUUAUCUAUUUUUUUAUGGGCAAGUGUUUGUAUAUUCGGAAGAAAGAGAGGAAAGUACGAGAUUUUCUCACUUGGGUAUUGAAGAAGAAUAGAAGAAGUUGCUGGGAAUUGCUUUGAGAAUGGGGUGUAUUCCGGUUUGAAUCUUGUAGUUUUUUGCCAUGGUUAGUAUAUAGCAUGAAUAUUUGCUUUUACUUUCGUGUACAUUCAUGGGGACAAAAAUUGCAUUGCAUGCCUUUUCUUCAUUCUACAUUCAUGGAGGAAGGGCUAUGUAAACUAUGUUAAUGGCGUUUUCACGUGUUUAGACAAAUCCCAGAACUGAUGCUUUCUCUGUAAGCUCCAUUUUAGUUUUAUUAGCUUAAAAUGGGGAUCUUUUUAAGAGGUUUCCUUAUCUGGGUUCUUAAUACAAGCGCAUGGAGAGCUGGGAUUUUGGUGGUAUUCGUACUAGUUUUAUCAGAUUUGCUUUGCUUAGUUUCAGGGUUAGGGUCAAUGUCUUCGAUUGCAGUUUCUUAUGGUGAAAAGGGUCCUGUCUUUUGUGGAUUAAAAACAGAUGGGUCUCAUCUUGUAACUUGUUACGGGUCAAACUCAGCUAUAACAAAUGGAACUCCAGUUCGUUUACCAUUUCUUGGUCUAACAGCUGGUGAUGGCUUUGUCUGUGGCCUUCUUAUGAACACUAAUCGGCCAUACUGUUGGGGUAGUAGUGGCUAUAUCCAAAUGGGUGUUCCACAACCUAUGAUUAAGGGAGUUGAGUACAUGGAAAUCGGUGCUGGGGAUUACCAUUUGUGUGGAUUAAGAAAACCCAUCACUGGAAAGCGCAGAAACACUUCCUUUGUUGACUGUUGGGGCUAUAACAUGACCAAAAACUACGAGUUUGAUGGUCAGAUUAGGUCAAUCUCUGCUGGUUCAGAGUUCAGUUGUGGAUUAUUUGCUCAGAAUAGGACUGUUUUUUGUUGGGGUGACGAAACUAGCAGCCGGGUUAGCAGCUUGAUCCCUAAAGAGAUGAGGUUUCAGAAGAUUGCAGCUGGUGGUUACCACGUUUGUGGGAUAUUGGAGGGUGUGAACUCUAGAGCCUUUUGUUGGGGAAGGAGCUUGGAUAUUGAGGAAGAGAUCUCAGUAGCUUAUUCUGAUCAAGGCAAUGUAGAUUUGGCACCAAACGACCCAAUGCUUUCUGUCGUUGGAGGAAAGUUUCAUGCUUGUGGGAUUAGGAGCUAUGACCGUGGAGUUAUUUGUUGGGGCUUCAUUGUUAAACCAAGUACUUCAGUUCCUAAUGGCAUAAAGGUGUAUGAGAUUACUGCUGGGAAUUACUUUACUUGUGGGAUUCUUGCUGACAGAUCUCUGCUGCCUGUUUGCUGGGGGUCUGGUUUUCCUACUUCUCUCCCUUUGGCUGUCUCUCCUGGACUCUGCAAGUCCACACCGUGUGCUCCAAAUUUCUAUGAACUCCACCAUAAGAAUGCCUCUUGCAAAGAUCCAAAUUCUAGGAUUUGUUUGCCUUGCAGCAGUGGUUGUCCUGCUGAAAUGUAUGAAAAGACUGAAUGUGGAUUGAAUUUUGAUAGGCAUUGUGAGUAUAACUGUUCUAUUUGUAACUCUGCCGAAUGUGUUUCGAAUUGUUCUUUGUAUUCUAAUGUUCUAGCAGAGAGGAAGAACGAAAGGUUUUGGUCACUGCAAUUGCCCGUCAUCAUUGCAGAGAUUGCGUUUACUGUGUUCUUGGUGAUUGUUGUGUCCUUAACUGCAGUGUUGUAUGUCCGUUACAAGUUGAGGGAUUGCCAGUGCUCAACAAAAGAUUCCAAGUCAAAGAAGAGUAACCGGAAUGGUACUUCUUUCCAGAAAGACAAUGGUAGGAUUCGUCACGACUUGGAUGAUCUGAAGAUCAGGAGGGCUCAGAUGUUCACUUAUGAUGAACUACAAAGGGCCACAGGCGGUUUUAAAGAAGAUUCUCUAGUGGGGAAAGGAAGUUUUUCAUAUGUUUUCAGAGGAUGUUUGAAAGAUGGGACGGUUGUUGCUGUGAAACGAGCUAUUAUGUCUCCAAAUAUGCAGAAGAGUUGGAAAGAAUUCCAUACAGAACUAGACUUGCUCUCCAGAUUAAAUCACGCCCAUUUGCUUAAUCUGCUGGGCUAUUGUGAGGAAGGAGAAGAAAGGCUUCUUGUUUAUGAGUACAUGGCUCAUGGAUCAUUGCACCAACACCUCCAUGGUAAGAACAUAGCUCUAAAGGAACAACUUGAUUGGGUUAGAAGAGUAACCAUAGCAGUCCAGGCAGCCAGGGGGAUUGAAUACUUGCACGGCUAUGCUUGUCCCCCUGUGAUCCAUCGAGAUAUCAAGUCUUCAAACAUUCUGAUUGAUGAAGAACAUAAUGCCCGAGUGGCAGAUUUCGGUCUGUCACUACUGGGGCCUGCGGAUAGUUGCUCACCAUUGCCUGAGUUACCAGCUGGAACACUUGGUUAUCUUGAUCCUGAGUACUACAGGCUUCAUUACCUUACAACCAAAUCCGAUGUUUACAGCUUUGGUGUGUUGUUGUUGGAGAUUCUUAGCGGCAAGAAAGCUAUUCAUAUGCAGUAUGAAGAAGGAAAUGUAGUAGAGAGGGCAGUGAACAUAGUUGAAUGGGCAGUGCCUCUGAUAAAAUCAGGAGAUGUAACUGCGAUUUUGGAUCCUGUUUUAAAGCUUCCAACUGACGUUGAAGCUUUGAAAAGAAUUGCAAAUGUAGCUUGUAAAUGUGUGAGAAUGAGAGGUAAGGAAAGGCCAUCCAUGGACAAAGUGACAACAUCAUUGGAACGAGCUCUAGCACUGUUAAUGGGCAGCCCUUGUAACGAGCAACCGAUUUUGCCAACUGAGGUGGUUUUGGGGAGUAGUAGGCUGCACAAGAAACCAUCUCAAAGAUCUUCAAACAGAUCAGCGUCCGAAACCGAUGUAAUAGAAGGAGAAGAACAGAGGUUUGAGUUCAGAGCUCCAUCAUGGAUAACUUUCCCAAGUGUGGCCUCUUCUCAGAGGAGGAAGUCCUCAGUCUCAGAGGCAGACUUAGAGGGGAAGAACUUGGAAGCCAAAAACUUGGGCAACGAUGGGUUGAGGAGUUUGGAGGAAGAGAUUGGUCCAGCUUCUCCUCAAGAAAACUUGUUCUUGCAGCACAACUUCUAGCUAAGCAUAAAACGUCUUUGACAACCAACCUCUAGUAAUUGCAACUUGUUGAUUUUUUGUAUUCUUCUUUAACACUUGGAUUGGGAGAAGCAAUUGAAAGAAAAGAAAUGGAGUCAUGUAAUUUUACUACUACUACCAUUGCUGCUAUUACUACACUAUGACCAACCACCUUUUGUUUUGUCGUGUUUCAAUAUUGUUUUUCAAUUCUAACUCUUUGGUUUGGUGGUGUAACUGUAACUUGUCUUUCAUGAAAAUCAAAUGCAAGGUUAUCUCUCUUAUGGAGAUUAUUAGAUUA